UCGAAAAUGGUGGCCACCGACACGGACGAACAAAAGGCGAAGAAGGUAUACCAUACCAAAGCCUCAGGAAAUGCGCUCGCAACGGUCCAGCAGCGCUCGGAGGCGCACGAACUGAAAUUAUACGGCAGCUGUUUCUGCCCGUUCGUUCAGCGCGUGUGGAUCUCCCUCGAGUUCAAGCAGGUGCCGUAUCAGUACAUCGAGAUCGACCCAUACAAGAAGCCGAAAGAGCUCGUCGAUAUCAAUCCCCGAGGGCUGGUGCCGGCGCUGAAGCACGGCGAUUGGGGGUGCUAUGAGAGCACGGUUUUGAUGGAAUAUUUGGAGGAUCUUCAGGCGGGAGAGUCGCUACUCCCAGCCGAUCCACGGAUUCGGGCGCACAGUCGUCUCUGGUCCGACCAUGCGAACCGCCAUAUCGUGCCUACCUUCUACCGCUACCUGCAGGAGCAAGACGCCGAAAAGCAACUCGAGCAUGCCGUCGACCUGAAGAACCAAAUCGCAAAACUGGUCACCGCAGCCGACCCCGCGGGGCCAUUCUUCCUAGGCCCAACGCUGUCAUUCGUCGACGCCCAAAUCGCCCCGUGGGUCCUCCGCCUCUCGCGCGUGUUGAAACCGUACCGGGGCUGGCCUGACCCGGAAUCCGGAGGUCGUUGGGAGACGUGGGUUAAGGCGAUUGAGGCGGAACCGGCGGUCCAGGCGACUACUAGCAAUGAUGACCUGUAUCUGGAUAGUUAUGAACGAUAUGCUGAAAACCGACCAAACACUUCGCAGGUUGCAAAUGCGGUUAAUUCCGGGAGAGGAUUGCCAUGAGACGAGCAACUGAGCAAAAAAAAGAAAUGGAAGGCUUCAUAUCAUGAUAUCACCGGCCGUAUGACGGUUAUCGUUUGCGAGGACUGAUAUCCAUAUCCAAAUUGAAUAGUAGCCGGAUCAAUAUUUUGAUACUAAGACGACGGCCUCAAAUAAAUAGGAAAUUGGAGAUAACAUCACGAGUCUUCAACUCCAACAUAUACUCCUCUCACCGAUGUACUACUUCAACAGAACAGACAAGAGAUUUGAUUCAUGUUAG